CCCACCCUCGAUGUUAUUUUUCUUUCCAGAAGUGUCACAAACUGUCAGCUCGACUGACCUCAAUAUGCCGACUUUCGCCUCUUAAUGCCUCCAGGACGCCACAACAGGGACAGGUUAUUUCCCUGGUGGAUGGAUUAACAGAGGUUCACACACCCCAGGCUGUCUCGAUUAAGUGAGACAUCUCUACAAUAUAAGGAUAUGUUUCCCGAUCAAUGACUUCACCGAAAUGAAAGCAUGACUAUUAUAUGGGUUUUAGAUUCAUACUUACUGGCACUGAAUAAAGCAAUACAUUUGUGGUACACACAAGGGCAACGGUUUGUGAGUCUCUCACUCUCAUUGCUUAAUAAGCCAUCUAGUCAGGUUCAAUUCAAAAGAUCUCUGAGCUACAGAGUCAGAGAUAUUCAAUAUAACUCGAAGAACAGUCAGAAGAGCAGUGUUCGGAGACUAUGUCCCUGCCGAGUUAAUUCCCUCAAACACAAGUUUUUGCUGUACGCCAACUUUUCAAAUUUCAGUACCUCAGCCAGCUGUUCUUUCACCAACCAGAGCUAUCGCAUGUCUCGACUGAAAAACACGUGGGAAUCUGUAUCAAAAGCUGUGAGUGGGACACAAGCAGAGAUUUUCUCUAAGAUCGCAAGGCUCAAACCCAGUGCCAGAGACAGUGCCAUAGGUGCAGAGACAACACCACUUCAGAGGAAUGGGUCAGCUUUGACUACAUCUACACCAAAGCUUGAAGCUCAUCCUUCAUCAUUGCCUGCAGCCUCACCACCAAACACAAGCCCAACCUCAUAUGUCCAAGCGGAGGUAAAAUCCAAGAAGUCUCAGACCUCUAAAGCGAAUGGACUAGCUUCAACCACCACAUCCACAUCAACACCUACUACACCCACAAGUUUCACCUCCUCCAGACAGACUACUCAUCUCUUCCACCCAGGUUCCUUCAGUGUCAACCUAGAUGAGACCUAUAAUUCCCUGGCGCAUCAUAUAAACUCUUAUUUCAGCAGCUUCGCUAUGGAUCAAGAUAAAAAGAAAAAUGGUUCUGACCAGUCUUCCAGGUCCACCUCUGACCCGUGCACUAAUAGCACACUCGGUGAUGUGCAUGUAAAGGACCAGACGCCAACAGAAAUACCUGCUCCUGUCUCAGACCCAGGUUCUGCCUUGUCAACCAAAAAAGGCUUAGGACAUUACCUGACAUGCACGCCUACAGUCCAGGCGUUUGUAGGCAACUACAUCGUCCCCUUAGUUCCCAGGUUUAGGACAGAACCAAAGCGUGAGCUAUCAGAAACGGAUAAGCCUCUUCUUUCUGAAGACACUGCCUCAAAACCCAAAGAAAUGGGGGAGAGUAAAGACCAGAAAGCAGCGGAGGAAAAGGCCAGGAGAUUACUGCUUCAAAGAGAGAAGAUCAUUGCCCGGGUGAGUGUGGAUAAUCGGACACGAGCGCUGGUCCAAGCCCUGCGCAGGGCAUCCGACGUGAGGCUUUAUAUCAGCAGAGUGGAGGAGCUGAGCUACCAUCUGCUGGAGUUCCCAGAGACUAGGCUAGUGGCUGUUAAGGAGAAGGUGAUUCCAUGCUUGCUGCGCCUGAGGCAGGCCAGUGAUGCGUCUUUACAGGAGGCGGUCAGAGAAGCCCUUACCCUAGUGGGCUACGUUGAUCCAGUAAAGAGCAGAGGGAUUCGCAUACUUUCCAUCGAUGGUGGCGGCACAAGGGGAGUGGUAGCUCUUCAGACUCUUCAAAAGCUGGAGGAGCUGUCAGGGAAAUCAAUUUACCAGCUUUUUGAUUACAUUUGUGGUGUAAGCACAGGUGCAAUAUUAGGCUUCAUGCUGGGUGUAUAUCAUAUUCCACUGAGUGAGUGUGAGGAGCUGUACAGAAAGCUGGGCUCUGAUGUCUUCAGGCAGAAUGUCAUUGUGGGUACCGUGAAGAUGGGAUGGAAUCAUGCCUUUUAUGACAGUGAGAUCUGGGAGCAAGUUCUCAAGGAAAGAAUGGGCUCCGACCUUUUGGUUGAAACCUCAAGAAACCCAGAUUCUCCUAAGGUGGCAGCAGUGAGUACGGUAGUAAACAAGGGAACCCCAUUAAAGGCAUAUGUAUUCAGGAACUACAACUUGCCAGUCGGUGUGCGCUCCCACUACAGAGGCGGCUGCCAGCACAAGCUCUGGGAGGCCAUCCGAGCUUCAUCUGCUGCUCCUGGAUACUUCCAAGAGUUUGCCCUGGGCACUGACUUACAUCAGGAUGGUGGUUUGCUGGUAAACAAUCCAACAGCUCUGGCGAUCCAUGAAUGCCAGUGUCUGUGGCCCGGCACCCCAUUGCAGUGUGUCGUUUCUUUGGGCACAGGCCGCUUCGAGUCAGCCAGCAAGAACACUGCCACCUACACGAGCCUGAAGACCAAACUGUCUCACGUCAUCAGCAGUGCAACUGACACAGAGGAGGUACACACAAUGCUGGAUGCCCUGCUGCCUCCAAACACAUAUUUCCGUUUUAACCCCUACAUGACUGAGGACAUAGCUCUGGACGAGAGCCGAAGCGAGAAACUCAACCAACUACUGGUGGAAGGAGUGCGGUACCUCGAGCGCAACGAGGAGAAGCUGAAACUAUCAGCUCGCAUACUCACGCAGGAGAAGAGCUCGGCUCAGAGACUGCUCGAAUGGCUCCGUCUGAAAUCACACAUGUACAGCGACCUUCCGGUUAUUUCAAAACUAUAGACAAAAUUAUGUCACUCGAAUAAACCUUCCUGUGGUUUAUGAUUUGAGUGGUAACCUGGGCACAAAUGUGGAAAUUCCAUCCGAACUUCCAAACACAGUUGCUGCAAGGAUGCAAGAAUGAUCCAUUACAUAUUCUAAGUGUUUGUAAAUGCAUGCCUUACAUAUAAUGAUAAAAGCAUUUAUUAUUGAGAUCUGGAGGACAUGCUGCUGCUGCUGCUGCUGAUGAUGAUGAUAAUAAUAAUUUU